CGCAGAACCGCAUCAGAGAUAACAACAAUUUUGCAUUUAGGAUUAGAGAUAGUCUCAUUGCAAAAGUUGGCCAAAUGACCAUUCCCAAAUAUAAAUCAAAAGGGGCGAUUGCAUAAACUCACGCCACCGUUUCGGGUCCAGUUCUCAUUCUUUCUGAACUCUAAAACCCAGAAAAGAAAACCCCAAAACGAUACCAAAAUGAAUUUCUUGAAACCCGAACACCACGAGUCCCCCUCCCCUCAAUCCCCAAAUCUACUCCUCCGACAAGCCCUAACCCACCUCCAAACCCAAUGCUCCGCCUUCCUCCGCCACCACCACCACCACCACCACAAACCCUUCAACAUCCCUUUUUUAAACCCUAACCCUUCUCUCCUCAAAACCCACCUCGAUUCCACCCUCUCCAACCUCCACCAGCACGCCAAACACGCAAUCGAAGCCGGGUUUUCGAUCCUGGCCCAGAAAAACCCGGCUUCGGCCGCUGAAAGGCGCGGUGCUGGUAGUGCCCUGGCACUGGGGAACGAGGCGGUGGAAGAGCGGUUGACCGGGGUCCACGUGUACGCCCUCGGCAACGCCUCGGAGGAAUUCGUGCUGGUUUCAGGUUUGAGUACGGGGAAAUCAAUUGGGUUGUUUUGUUUCAAGGAAAAAGAUGCUGAGGCUCUUCUUGAUCAGAUGAAGUCCAUGGACCCCGCGAUGCGGAGAGGCUCGAAAGUGGUUGCUGUGCCUCUGAACAAGGUUUUGCAGCUUAAACUUGAAGGUGUGGCAUUUAGGUUGAUACCGGAGCUGUCCCAAAUCGCGAAUGCUCUCAAGGAGAGGCAAAAGGCUGGUUUUGCGGAUGAGAGUUUCCCCGGGGUGCCUGUUUUUCAGUCAGAGAACUUGAUCCUGAGGAGCCAAGAUAAGAAAUACCGGCCUGUUUUUUUCAGGAAGGAGGACCUGGAAAAUUCGUUAUCGAGAGCUUCUCGCCAACAGAAGCAAUUGAAUCCUGCCUUCAGAGAGGGCAAUAUUCAGGUCGCUGUACUCGAGGACAUAAUACAAGGGAUGAAGGACAAUACUUCGUCGACCUGGGAUGAUGUGGUUUUCAUUCCUCCUGGCUUUGAUGUUUCAACUAAUCCGCCCCAAGAAUAGGUGUUUGAAGCCAACAAAUAAGAGGGAAGAUCACUGCCGGCUACCGGUGGUAGUCCUGGUAAUUCAACUGACCAUGAUGGGUCAUUCAUGUUAUUCCUAAUGGAAUCCCCAUAACCAUUCAAGUAAUAGUAGUAAAUAUCCAGGAUGGUGGCUGGUUGAAUCCAAACGAAAGUGGAUGGCACACGAAGAUCAUGUGCAACCUGGCCUGCCCAAUGGACAAAUGGGGUGUAAACCACAUGCAUGAAAGGCUGGCCUCCUUCAGCUUGAGAUGUGAUGAGUUUUGCUACAGCCUCUGAUCCGCGUCCCUUUAGCUCUUCCAUGUACUGGUCGAGUUUGUCCAUUCCCCAGCUGCCAUCAGAGAAGCCGAAAAAGUUCAAGCCUGGUGGAGUAGUCGUGCUUCUGGUCAUGCGAUUGACGGCGGAAAACGUUGUUGCGUAAGUGACGUCAAUGCCCAUUUUGAUGAGGCGCUUGGCAAAUUGGAGGCCGGGAUUGAUUUGCGGUUGCGCUGGAAGCGUUACAAGCAGUAUUCGAACACAGGAGUCCAUUGGUUUGGGUGCUGAGGUAGGGAGGGUGGUGGCUAGAUCCAAAAGCUGAAGAACUAGUUUGGGUAUUAGAUAGUUGACCUGUGGCCGGACGGAGUAUGAAAGCCCACGCGAUGAGGUGUAUUUAUUUAUUGUCCUGAAGCAUAUUAUGAGCUGUCGCUAGAAAAUGAGUUGUUACUUUUGAGUAUUUUAAAAGGGCCUUCGUGACGUCCUUUCAUGGUUUGAGUACGCUUUCUUGGUUUGACUUGU